CCCGCUACGGUGCGGCACAACCUUCGUUAACGGCCACGAUGGACAAUACCUGAUUCUUAAACCUGUAUGCGAUACGUGCAUAGUUGCUGUUUGGAUUUUUCGCCUUCCCAAUAUGAGUCAGGAUGGAAAUGGAAAUAGAUGGGCCCGCCAUUACGCAGGAAGGGCAGCCGGAACAACAACAGCAAACAACCGAGGGCUUGAAAGAUCGCCUCGAUAACACGCGGAGACAUAGUUCGAGCUCUGAGGGAGAACGACCGCCUUUACCACCGCGACCCGAGACCAUUGAUCUACUUGACGAAGACAGCACAUCCCGACCGUCAACCGCACGACCUAAUCUGCAGUCGCAGGCGACAACCGCUUUGACUUUGAAGGAUAUCACUGGGCAGACAAAAUCGGACGCAAGGGAUGCGCUCAUUCCUAGUAUAGGGCGUACUUUCCUGGGUCGAAGUUUAAGAGCGAGAGAUAGCCUAAGCCAGUUGACCAGUGCUCGAGGUAGCGAGGGAGGCGACACUGCCAGCAUCAGAAGCUUCAUAGCCAAUUCCGAAGAAGGACAGGAUGAAAGCAUAUUCGGCGAUUUUACUACUGAGACUGCGCAUCAAGGACAAAGCGGAAAGGUUGACGUUCUUGGGUUGAAUGAGUUUCCUCAGGAUGGCAGUGACGCUGAUUUCGUCGACGAAUUUGAGCACAUUGGAGAGCUGGACGAAGAUGGCCACAAUGAAGAGCUACUGCUUCAGAAGUGGAAAGAAAAGCGGAAGCAUUAUUUAAUUCUGUCAGCUGCUGGCAAACCGAUAUAUACUCGACACGGCGAAGGCGGCUUAGUAUCUGGUUACAUCGGAAUAAUCCAAACCAUUAUAUCUUUCUAUCAGGAAGGUGACGAUGCACUGAAAAGCUUUGUUGCAGGCGACACAAAAAUCGUCAUACUCUCGCAAAGCACUUUAUAUCUUGUUGCCAUCAGUCGCUUGGUCGAAAGCGAAACCCAGCUCAGACUUCAACUUGACGCGCUAUAUAUGCAAAUCUUAUCGACACUCACACUCCCCACCUUGAAUCGUCUCUUUUCAAUCAGACCUUCUACAGAUCUGAAGAGGCCUCUUCAAGGAACUGAGACGUUACUAUCCUCUCUAGCCGAUUCCUUCACGAGAGGCUCUCCAACAACCCUCCUAUCAGCUUUAGAAUGUUUAAAAAUAAGAAAGUCGCACCGACAAGCCAUAAACAAUAUAUUGUUGAAGACAAGGGCCGAAAAGCUGUUGUACGGUUUAGUCGCUGCUGGUGGCCGACUCGUGAGCGUGAUUCGCCCUAAAAAGCAUUCCCUCCAUCCCGGCGACUUGCAACUCUUGUUCAAUAUGAUAUUUGAAGCUGAUGGUGUGAAAGCUGGUGGGGGUGAGAGUUGGAUUCCUGUUUGCCUACCUGGAUUUAACAGCUCGGGCUAUCUUUAUAUGUACGUGAGUUUUUUAAACUUGCGAGACGACGCUGUGGAUGUCGCCACCGAUGACGAUAUUCCAAAAGAUGAGUCUGUUGCGAUUAUUCUCAUCAGCCCAGACAAAGAGGGGUUUUUCCAGCUGCAGGAAAUGCGGGACAACAUUGUUGAGCAAAUGCAGAAGAAUGGCAGCAUGAAAAUAAUCAUGGAAGCCAUCAAAAGGGGCAGACCGAACCCCACAGACAUUGUUCCUGGGACUGUUCUACGCCAUUUUAUAUACAAAUCCAGAGCCCAUGUGCAAUUCGUUAUGUCGUCGUACGAGCCGGAGUUUGUUUCUAUUGCUCGGCAUCGAAGGUUGAUAUCAACAUACAACUCCCUUCAUGAGAGUGUGCACGCGCGUAAUACGCAUGUCAAAGUCCACCACAGCGCGAGCAAAUCUGCGAGCACAUUUGCGUGGGUUACUCAAGGUUUCGAGCUCUACUGUGUUGCAGGCCCAGAUACGAAUCGUAAUGCACUUUCACAAGGCGCAAAUAAGAUUAGUCAAUGGGUACGGAAAGAAGAGGAGAGGUUGUUUAUCAUCGGUGGCGCAGUCUUCUAAAUUUGCAUCUCAGGGCUAUUUCAGGAUUUGUGCGUUCAAUGGCACAUCUAGAAAUAAAUUGUCAUUUUCGAAACAUUUUGAAGCUUUAUAGACCAAUAAACUAAUUGAUAUUAGAUGAUGUUUUGAAAUUUGAGUUCAUGA